AUGCAUUUCCGGCGUUACAAUGAGACGACAAGAUUACCUCAAACGUCCUCUGGCCGCUGCCACGUGGCGCUCGGCAUGGAGGAGGGCCGCAUCCCCGACUCCGCGGUGUCCGCCAGCUCCUCCUAUGAGCCCAAGUCUGUGGGGCCGCAGAACGCCAGGAUCCGGCAGGAGAAGAACGGCGGCGCGUGGUGCCCGAAGGCGCAGAUCAGCAGCGAGGUGCAGGAGUUCCUGGAGGUGGACCUGGGCCGGGCGCACCUCAUCACCGCCACCGAGACGCAGGGCCGCUUCGGCAACGGCCAGGGCCAGGAGUACGCCGAGUCCUUCCACCUGCUCUACUGGAGGGACGCGCUGCAGCGAUGGGUCGUCUACAGGGACGCGCAGGGCCGCAAGGUGCUGGCGGGCAACCGCAACACGUACCUGGCGGUGCGGCAGCAGCUGGAGCUGCCGUUCGUGGCGAGCCGCGUGCGCUUCAUGCCCUACUCCCAGCACACCAGGACCGUCUGCAUGCGGGUCGAGCUCUACGGCUGUCCCUGGACGCAGAGCGUGCUGAGCUACUCCGCGCCGCGCGGCGACCGCUGGUCCCCGGAGCUGCGCCUCGACGACCGCAGCUACGACGGCGCGCUGGACGGCCGCGGGGUCACCGCCGCCGGGCUGGGGCAGCUCGUCGACGGCCGGCUCGCCAGCGACGGCGGGGGUGGCGCGCAGCCGUGGCGGCCCGACUGGCGCUGGGUGGGCUGGCACAACGAGACGCGCCACGGCCAGCCCGUGGAGCUGGAACUCCAGCUGGACGGCGCCAGGGAGCUGACGGCGGCGCGCCUGCACGCACUCCACCGGCCCGACCACGGCGUCCAGGUGUUCUCUGAGGUGUCAGUGUACCUGAGCCUGGACGGGCGGCACUACCAGGCGGCGCUGACGCGGCGCGUCGCCCCCCCGCCCGGCGAGCCGGCCGUCAACGUCAGCAUCUCGCUGCAGCAGCGCGUGGCGCGCUUCCUGCGGCUGCACCUGCGCUUCGCCGACCAGUGGAUGCUGCUCAGCGAGGUCUCGCUGGACUCUGUGGCCGUGCCGCGCAACGUGUCGGAGCACAUGCUGGAGCAGAUGUUCUUCCAGCAGGACAACGCGCUGCAGGAGCCGGAGAGCCAGGACUCGCAGACUGCAGCCGUCGAGACGUCGCACGCCCGCAAGGAGGUCACCAAAGCGACGAGCGCGGCGGGCGCGCAGCAGGCGUACGUGGGGCUGGUGGGGGGCCUGCUGGCGACGGCGCUGCUGCUGGCGCUGGCGGGGGCCGCCGUGGUGGUGGUGCGCCGCGGCCGCCAGAAGGUGGCGCUGCUGGCGGCCAAGCCGUGCGGCGGCUUCUCGCCGGCGGGCGGCGGCUGCGUGGCGGCGGCGGCGCUGCCCCGGGGGGCGGCCGGGGGCGGCGUCUCGAUGCGCGGCCUGCAGCUGUCGACGCCGCCGGUGCUGGCGCGCGUGCUGGGGGUGGCCGGCCACGCCAGGGUGGCCGCCGCAACCCCCGCCGCCCCCGCGCCGCACGCCGCCGUCUGCAGCCUGUACGGCGGCCGCGGCGACGACAGCGCCAGUGCCAGCGGAAGCAACGGCGACGACAGCGAGAACUCGAGCGUCUACCACGAGCCCUACAAGCUGCUCUCCGCACAGCAUGAGUACGGCUGCCUGCUCGCGCCCUCCAAGAGCCACGACUUCGCCGACUUCCCGAGCGCGAGCGUCAGCAGCUUCCAGGAGGAGGCGGCGCGCUUCGCGGGGGGCAACACCGGCCAGCCGGAGAACUACUACGCCGCCACGGACAUCGUCAAGAGCGGCCGCUGCGAGCAGCACCUGCGGCCGGGCUGCUUCACGACGCUGCGGCUGCCGGGGGCCGAGCCGGCCGCGGACGGCCUCCACCUGCUGGAGUACCCCAGGCACCGCCUGCGGCUUGUCGAGAAGGUCGGCGAGGGCAGCUUCGGCAUGGUGCUGCUGUGCGAGGCGGACGGAGCGCCGGAGCUCAACGGGCUGACCAGCUCCCACAAGAAGAGGCUGGUGCUCGUUAAGUCGCUGUGGAGGGGCUGCAGCCAGCAGACCAGGGAGGAGUUCCUGCGCGAGUGCGGCUGGCUGUCGAGCCUGCAGGACGGCAACGUGUGCCGCACGCUGGCCGUCUGCUCGGCCGAGGAGCCGCUGUGCGCGCUGCAGGAGCACGGGGACCUGGGGGCGCUGCCGUCCGUGCUGCGCGAGAGUUCUACUAGCCCUCCAGAACGUCAUCCACGUAUCUCCUACGGCUGCCUGAUCUACCUGGCGACGCAGAUCGCGGCCGGCAUGAAGUACCUGGAGGGCCUGAAGCUGGUGCACCGGGACCUGGCCGCCAGGAACUGCGUGGUGGGCCCGGACUUCAGCCUGAAGGUGUCGGACCACGCCAUGUACUGCUCGCGCUACGACCUCGACUACUACCUGAGCGACACGCAGACCAAGCUACCCGUGCGCUGGAUGUCCUGGGAGAGCCUGCUGCUGGGCGAGUACUCGACCAAGAGCGACGUGUGGGCGUUCGGCGUGACGCUGUGGGAGACGCUGACGCUGUGCGCGGUGCAGCCGCUGGCGGAGCUGAGCGACCAGCAGGUGGUGGAGAACUGCAGCCGCUGGCAGCUGGACGACGGCCGCCAGCGCUGCCCGGCGCGGCCCGCCGCCUGCCCCCGCGAGCUCUUCGACCUGAUGGCCGAGUGCUGGCGCCGCGACGCCGCGCUGCGCCCCCGCUUCGCCGAGAUACACCUCUUCCUGCAGCGCAAGAACCUCGGCUACGGGCCGUCGCCGGCGCCCGGCUAG